UUGACGUUACAAUAUUCCUAUUGACAUUAAUUAUAGUGUCGCUACAUCAGAGCGCUUUUCACUUCUUUCAAAACCAUCAUAAAGAAUUAAAUCUCCAAAAUCAUUGCAAAAUAACCAGUCGUGCUCGUGCAGCAAUGGAAGCUCAAGGUCAAGGCGACGAAUUUGCAAUUGGAUGCCUACUUUCAAUCAAAACGACUCUCAGCGAAGAAUUCCAGUCCCAAGUCAUCUCCUUUGACCGCCCUUCCAAUCUCCUCAUCCUUCAAGAGGAAUCGAAAUCUGGGGCAGGCCCAAAGAGGAAUAUUAGGUUGCUCAAGGCUAAUUACAUUAAAGAAUUCACUUUUUUAGGGCAAGGUGAAGACCCACUUGAUGUAAACAAGUGUUUUCUCGAUCUCAAUACUCUUCAGUCCAAAGAAGAGUCUGCUAUUAGACAAGCUGAGGCAGAGGCAGAGAGGAUUGGUGUGGGAGUUACACCACAAGCUCAAAGUCUUUUUGAUGCUUUGUCCAAAACGCUCCCAGUUCGCUGGGAUAAAAGCACGAUUGUUGUUAUGAACGAGGUGAGAGUUAGCAGCCCUUAUCUCCCUGAAUCUGUUACCAGAGGAACCCAUGCUGCCAAUGGACGUGUGCGAAAAGUGGUCGAGUUUGAGAAGAAGAGAUUGCAAUCUCGCUAUGGUGGUCAAUGAAGAAAUUAGCAAAAAUUUCAUAGAGGUAGUUUCUUUGAACCUAAUGAAGAGAGAGAGAGCAUGACAUAUGAGAUCAAAUUUGUGCCAGCUUUUGCAUUGCUGCUGAUUUUAGUUUCUUGAACGCAAUUGUGUUCAAGUGCUUAUUCUUGCAUUCUAAAUCGGGAUUUUUAAAGGCAGUGGGAUUAUUCGGGCCCAAGCCCAACGCGUUUGAUCCAUUGAUAUCUUUAUGGAAACCCAAAUAAGUGGACUUUGGGCCCAAUGCAUAUCAGCCAAAUCUUAAGCUUUUGCAAGAGAAAUCUAUUCACUUUAAUGGGAUUAUGGGCCGUGGCGAGAUGGUCUGGCCCAAUUACCAUGAAUUCGUAUGGGCCUACUAGUGUUUAUGUUCAUAUAAAUAAUAGAUAAGUCACGAUUUAUUGGGUCAAAAUUUUAAGUGAAACCUCAUUCUCUAAUUGUAUAUUUGAAAGUGUAAUUAUCAAUGUAGUUAAAUAUAUGCCAUGGAAAUAUUGGUUUA